GUCUUUUGCCCCGUGUGCAGGUGGGCUCACCUCUUGCGUUAAUGUAUGUAUGUAUGUAUGUAUGUGUGUGUCCUGCAUUGAAUGCAUUAGUGUGCCUUGCGAUGGGUUCUACUUUGAGCAGCCACUCCAACACGGCAUUCGUCAGAACAUGUACGGGCGUCCGGAAGAGUGACGGGGCGCUGUGCUGCGCGGGGAUAUCUGCUGGCUGGCUGGCAUGUGAUGUGUGGUGUGCGCCUUCAUUGCAGGGGGCGACAAACAAGUUCGGAGCCUCAUCCAGCAGUGGAGGUAGAUUCACAAGAAGGCUUAUGUUGUGAGUCUGUCUGUCCUCCACGUGGGUGUCAUGUAGGAUUGGAGGGUUUGAGUGUUGCAUGUCCGUCGACCUGCUGCACCAGCUGCAGCGAUCCCUCGACGCAUCACCCGCCCCAGUUGUGCCAGAGGAGGACAUAUGGCCCCCUGCCGCCUCGCCGGAUGAUAAUUGCGAGUCGCCCCUGGACUUGUCUGUGUUCAGGACAACAUUCCAGACAUUCGACCAUGACUUCGAUGGUGAUUGAGGCUGGGGAGUUGCUGGGUGACGGUGGAUGCCUCUGUGUGUGUGUGUGUGUGUGUGUGUGUCAUUUGUUUGUUGUGCGGCAGGUCUUGUUGAUAUGUUUGAGCUGCUUGGCUACGUCAUCCUGUGGUCGGACACCACAUGGCAGCAAAAGGGACACGGUCAGCGGAACAAGAUAUGGUGCUCAUGUGCGUCUGUCUGGAUCGAUAUAUCUUGUGUGUGCGGCGGGCGUCUGUCAGCUCUCUUCCAGUGUGUCAACUUCGGCCGCAAGGACUUCCUCUCGCACAAUGACGUCGCUUUCCUCGUACGCACGUCAGCAGCUGGGCGUUUCAAACCCUUCCAGCCAUUCUUACGCGUUAAGGCCUGAGUGUGUGUUUGUGCAGGUAGGUCUGGUGCUCCGUUCCCUCAGCAAGUCGGUGCACCUGGACCCGCCGUAUGAUGACGACAGGACAUACCCUUUCGCAGUCGCCAAACAGGUCAGUGAGUGAGCAACGGAUAGCCCCCACACGAUACACACAUAUGAGUCCACAUAGACAUGUCGCUGCCGGCCCAGCUUCUGGCCACGUAUGGCAGCCCCCACACGGUGUCUGAUAGGGCUGGGUCUCUUCUCGUGAGGCCGUCGGUGGGCGGCAGUGUGGCCAAGGGGCCGCUGCAGAUCACUGCCCUCACACAGGAGGCAUUCACUAAGGCGUAAGUAAGACGACACAGGGCAUUGGUUGGCGAUAGAUAUGCAUACAGACAUGUCUAUCUGUGUACGGUGGGUAUCUCCCGAAUCAUUCAGUUGGGAUGAGGAUGCGACGUGCCAGCAGCUGCGAACAUUUGUCGACGACAAUCUGGGUCUGUCAGUUCAGUCAAUCACAAAGAGAGGACAGGACACACACACGUUUGUCCCACUUCCACUCGUCCAUCCAUCGUCUGUGCGUGUCUGUCUGUCUGUCUGUGUGUUUAGUGAAGCCGCUGCCGAUCUCUGUGGAGUCGGGUUUGGCCAAGGACAUCAGGCUCGCAGAAUACGACUGCCAAGAAAACCACACACAGGUGAGUGAGGUGGGCGGGUGGGUAUCGAUCGAUGAUGCAAUCAAUGGCGUAUUUAUCGCCACAUCUGAUCUGUCUCCCUCCCCCGCGAUGCGAUGGAUGAACCUGUGUGUAGUUGAAGCGUCUGAGCUCCAAAGUCGACAGGCUGCGCAGCGAGAGGGUGCAGAGAGAUGAACAGCAGCAACAAAGGUACACACACAUGCAAAAGCCUCGGAACGAACGAGGCCAGCCACUCUCUUUCAUUGCCUGCCGGUUUGUUUGCAUGUCCGUGUGUUUGCAGCUACGAGCUGCUGUUAACUGCGAUCGAUAGUGGUGUGGCCAAGCUGAGUCGUUCCAUCGACCUGCAGACCAAAGAGCUGCACCAACUCAACGAAUCAUACAACAAGGCAGGCAAACCCCAUAUUCACGCACACACGCAUUGACCGACCAUGUCUCGCUCCCUCUGUGUGUGAGUGUGUGUGUGUGUUGCGCAGACGUCCGAAGCCGACUUGGCUCAGAAUCCGCGGAGUGCCAAGCACCACGCGCAGCUGCUGGCCUCCAUACAAACCACCAUCAAACACUUCAAGGUAGCAGAUGGCACUACACACACACGUUGGCUGGCCUUGUGUCUCCGGUGUCUGUCUGAUGGUGUGUGCGUGGGGGGGGGGGCUCCGUUCGUUCGUUCAGUCUACGUUUUAUUACUGUGCGAGUCUGUUUGACAAGGUCGUGGCACUCACAUAUGACGGUGGGCGGGUGGGAUGGGUAGCUUGACGACACCGGCAGGGCCGUUCGAACACUUUAUCUGUCGCUAUCCCUCCCUCUGUUCAUGUGACGUGAACAGAGGGUUCCAAAGAGAGGGAAGAUCUCUCCAUCACAGUCAGUCAGGAAGCAAACAAGUGUGUGUCACCAAGAAUCCAUUCUUCUGUGCCUCCCCGCCUUGUUUGUUUGUGUCUCCCAUUCACUCCCCCAAGGUUGACUUGCGUUCCUCCGAUCUGCCCUCCCCGCGGGACGACCCCACGCUGUCCCAGACACUGGCCCUCCUCAAGCAGCAGACAGACACCUUGGCCUCCCUGCAGCAGAGCCUCGCCAAGCAGCCGACAGACGUCCUGGUGCCGCUCCCAUCGCCCAAAGAGCAGCCGAGGAAGGCCAAGGCAGCCCAGCGACCGGCGCGGGGCAACGUGCUGCCGGUCAUAUCGCUGCCAGGCAGGGCGGGCAAGAGGGACGAGAGGGACACGCCUGUGGAUGAGGAGGGGCGGGCUUGGGAGGGUGAGGGUGGUGGUGAGGGGCGGGGGGACGAGCAGAGGAAGGAGCGGUGGGUGAUGGUGAGGGCGGCCUUUGACCCCCCCGCAGAAUACGGGCCGAACAUGCUCAAACUCAAGGCCGGCCAAUACAUCUAUACGGUCGACCGGCCGGCCGCACACGCAAAGACAGACAGAGACACACACGAUCGGAUCCUGUUUGUGCCUAUGGUAUGUGUGUGACAUUUGUUUGUGAAUGGCUGGGCUGCAGGCGUCUGGUGGUGAGGGCGAGGAGUCCGGUGCAGAGGGGUGGUGGUACGGGCAGACACAGGGUGGGACUGAUGGGUGGUUUCCCUCAUCCUACGUCAAGGAAAUCACACAGCCACAGCACUCGUAAGUAAUGGUAUGGUGGAUGAGGAGGGAUCGGGAGGGGGGAGACAGACAUGAACACAUAAAGGGGUGGGCGGACUGAUAUAUAUGAGUCUUGUCGGUGAAUGCGGUCUGGGAGUCAGCCAGCUGGUCUGUCUGUCUGCCUGCCUGCCUGUAUGUGCGUGGCACGAGGGGUACUGUAGCAGCGACUAAGAUUUACGAAAACCAAAUGUGUCCGCACAUGACAAGACAAUCCUGUCUGUCAUCUCAGGCCUGCUGGAGUUUGCCUUGACUCCCCAUAAAAUGAC